AUUUAAAACGAUCGCAAAUACAGUGAAUACAUAAAACGCGAAAUGAGUUUCUAAUAAAGUACUCCAUCUCCCAACAGUACUUUGGCUUCAUCGCCUGUCAUUCUGCCUUACAUCAGCAGGUUGUCGAUGGUUCCCCGCGGGAUCUGUGAGAUGCUGCCUAAAAACGCACCUUCUGAUUCCCCCCGUCCAGCAUCCGCCAAGACGCCGAGGAGGAAGAACGACACCUGCGGUGGAAAUGUGGCGUAGUGCGGGUUGACUGCAUCUGCUUGAGGCUUCAAAAUGUCCCUGCCCCUGGCUGUCCUGGUGGUCCUCACUGUGCUGGAGGUUGGAGCCCCCCAUGCUGGACCUGAGGUGGAUCCGUACAUCACCUUAGGAGUCACCAGGAGUGCAAGCCAGGCUGAGAUUAAGAAAGUGUACAAGCGCCUGGCCAAAGAAUGGCAUCCUGACAAAAACAAAAAUCCGGGUGCUGAGGACAUGUUUAUCAGGAUUACCAAAUCAUAUGAGCUUUUAUCCAGCGAGGACAAACGUGCCAACUACGACCGCUACGGGCAGACCGAUGACACGCAGCCGUACGGCCGCUACAAUAACUUCAACUUCGAGGAGUCUUUCUUCAACUUCCCUUUCAACAGCAGGAACCAGCGGGAAUUUUCCGACGACAAGUACUUGCUGCACUUCAACCAGUACGUGGGCGACGUGGUGCCCGACAGCUUCAGAAGGCCGUACCUGAUCAAGAUCACCUCCGACUGGUGCUUCAACUGCAUCCACAUUGAGCCCGUGUGGAAGGAGGUGGUGCAGGAGAUGGAGACGCUAGGCGUGGGAAUCGGCGUGGUGGACGUGGGCUACGAGAGGCGUCUGGCCAAUCACCUGGGGGCCCAUCGCACGCCGUCCAUCCUCGGCGUCAUCAAUGGCAAAGUGACGUUUUUCCAUUAUGCUGUAGCCAAGGAGCACCUGAGGCAGUUCGUGGAAGACCUUCUUCCUCAGAGACUCGUGGAGUGGGUCAGCGAUAAGAACGACAAGCAGUUCUUGAACAGCUGGCACCAACUCAACAAGCCACAUGUGCUGCUCUUUGACCAAGUGUCCGUGGUUCCUUUACUUUACAAGCUGACGGCGUUUGCGUACAAGGAUUACUUGCAGUUCGGCUACGUGGAUCAGGGCCUGUCCGAGACGGCCAAUCUGCAAAGACAGUUCAAUAUCAACACCUAUGCUCCCACCAUGUUGGUUUUCAAAGAGAACACAGACAAGCCUGCUGACAUCAUCCAGACUAAAGGAAUGAAAAAGCAAAUAAUCGAUGAGUUCAUGUCCAACAACAAGUUCCUCCUGGCGCCGAGGCUGGUGAAUCAGAAGCUCUUUGACGAGCUCUGUCCUGUCAAGCAGUUCCACAGACGCAGGAAAUACUGCGUGCUGCUGAUCACGGGCGACGACGAGAGUUUUUCUCUAGGCAACCGAGCCUUCCUGUCUUUCGCCUCGAGCAACGCCAAAGAAGUCGUGAGAUUCGCUUAUGUUUACCAACACGUACAGCAACCACUUUGUAACGCCCUGAUGACCAGCAAGGACAGCACACUGCCACCACAGGUGGUGAUCCUGGAGAGGCGCAAUGCUGCCGGAAAGGUUUUUUUCAAGCCGGUGAGCAGUUGGAACGGCAGCGAAGAAGACAAGCAGCGUCUUGUGGAGGAGUUGGAGCGACUCCAGAAGGACCCGUCCAUUCUGAUCCACGAUGCCAUGCUGCCUGAGCUCAACAACGAGUUUGCAUCUAUGUUUAUCAUCCAGUGGAUUUAUGCUUUUUAUGAUUACCUCUCUGAAGUCAUGGAUGACAUCCUGCACAACAACUGGCGCGAGAUGAUGCCCCUCCUGUCUCUCAUCUUCUCGGCCUUGUUCAUCCUAUUUGGAACUGUGGUCAUCCAAGCAUUCAGCGACUCAAGUGACGACAAACGGCCAAAAGCGAAAGAUGGACCUAAAACGGAAAAUGUGUCGCCGGGGAAUGCAACAAGUCGGCCGCCCAAGAAGAGUUUUGUGGAGGUGACGGAGUUGACAGACAUCACCUACAUAAGUAAUCUAGUGAGGCUGCGCCCAGGACACAUGAACAUCGUGCUGGUGCUCACUGAUGCCUCCAAAAACAUCCUGCUCAGCAAGUUUGCCAAAGAGGUGUACUCGUUCACAGGAAGCCUGACGCUGCAUUUCUCCUUCCUGAAUACGGACAAGCACAGCGAGUGGAUGAGCACGCUGCUAGAAAGCGUGCAGGACGGCGUGCAAAUCGACGCCAGCGAGGACGAUGGCGGCGGAAACCACAAGAUGGACUACACCGGCUACGUGUUGGCGCUCAACGGCAACAGAAAGUACUUUUGCAUCUUUAAGCCCGUCUACACCGGGGAAGACCCGGCCAACAAGGCUUUGGAGGACAACGGGACGACUUCGUCGGUGCGGCGGUCUAGGUCGGCGUCGCGCGACGAUCACCCUGCACGCAAGUCGGCCCGCUCUCGCAGCACUCCCACCCUACAGAUCCACCACAAGCUGGACGGCUUGGGUUUGUGGAUGGAGAGGCUCAUGGAGGGUACCUUGCCUCGCUGCUACAUCCCCGCCUGGCCAGGACUUGACAAGAUCACUCCCAUUAAAUAGACAGGAGCACGUUAGGAGUACAGUAUUUCAAAAAAGUGAGUCUCACAUUUUAGCAGGCACCGUUUUUACUGUAUAUAUUUUUAAGGAUCAAUAACUUGGAUAUACAGUCGUCCCUCGUUUAUCACUGUUAAUUGGUGAGCGCAAUAUAUGAAUUUCCGCCGAAUAGGAAUUAUUAAUUAUCCAUCCAUCCAUCCAUUUUCUACCGCUUGUCCCUUUCAGGGUCGCUGGAGCCUAUCUCAGCUGCAUUCGGGCGGAAGGCGGGGUGCACCUUGGACAAGUCGCCACCUCAUCACAGGGCCAACACUAAUACAGACAACAUUCACACACUAGGGCCAAUUUAGUGUUGCCAAUCAACCUAUCCCCAGGUGCAUGUUUUUGGAGGUGGGAGGAAGCCGGAGUACCCGGAAGGAACCCACGCAGUCACGGAAAGAACAUGCAAACUCCACACAGAAAGAUCCCGAGCCUGGGAUUGAACUCAGGACCUUCGUAUUGUGAGGCAGACGCACAACCCCUCUACCACCGCACUAAUUAUAACAAAUCAAAUAUUUUCACAGCUAGAGGAUUAGAAAACCUCUUUACGACCUUCUAAAUAUAUUUUUCAACAUUAUGAGAGCCCUUUAGACAUGAAAUAAUACACCUUAGUCACCGUAACGCUCUUAAUUCAACAUAGUAAUGCUUCCUGAGGCUGAGCCAAUCAGUGGCCACGAUACUGAGCAGCGUGAUCUGAUUGGUUUAGUCUCCGCUAGUGGAAAAUACUACUGUAUUAUUGAUAUUUUUAGUUUAUUUCGUCAUUUUUAUGCUUGAAAAUGCUUAAUUUCGGACUAAACACAUUUAAGAUUAAGAUUAAAGAUUAAAGUACCAAUGAUUGUCACACACACACUAGAUGUGGUGAAAUUUGUCCUCUGCAUUUGUCCCAUCCCCUUGGGGAGCAGUGGGCAGCAGCGGCACCGCGCCCGGGAAUCAUUUUGGUGAUUUAACCCCCAACUCCAACCCUUUGUUGCUGAGUGCCAAGCAGGGAGGUUAUGGGUCCCAUUUUUAUAGUCUUGACAAUAUGCUUUGCUAUACAUACAUACACAUAAACAUGUAUAUACUGUAUACACUUAUGUGUACCGUAUUUUUCAGAGUACAAGUCGCUCCGGAGUAUAAGUCGCACCGGCCGAAAAUGCAUAAUAAAGAAGGAAAAAAACAUAUACAAGUCACACUGGAGUAUAAGUCGCAUUUUUUGGGGAAAUUUAUUUUAUAAAACCCAACACCAAGAAUAGACAUUUGAAAGGCAAUUUAAAAUAAAUGAAGAAUAGUGAACAACAGGCUGAAUAAGUGUACGUUAUAUGAGGCAUAAAUAACCAACUGAGAAGGUGCCUGGUAUGUUAACGUAACAUAUUAUGGUAAGAGUCAUUCAAAUAACUAUAACAUAUAGAACAUGCUAUACAUUUACCAAACAAUCUGUCACUCCUAAUCGCUAAAUCCCAUGAAAUCUUAUACGUCUAGUCUCUAACGUGAAUGAGCUAAAUAAUAUUAUUUGAUAUUUUAUGGUAUUGUGUUAAUAAUUUCACAUAUAAGUCGCUCCUGAGUAUAAGUCGCACACCAGGCCAAACUAUGAAAAAAACUGCGACUUGUAGUCCGAAAAAUACGGUAUAUACUGUAUAUGGAUAUACAAUAUAUAAAUAUAUGAUAAAUGGUAAAUGGGUUGUACUUGUAUAGCGCUUUUCUACCUUUCUAAGGAACUCAAAGCGCUUUGACACUAUUUCCACAUUCACCCAUUCACACACACACAUUCAGACACAUUCACACACACACAUUCAGACACAUUCACACACAGAUAUAUACUGUAGAUAAAUACACACACGGUAUAUUUAAGGGUGCCAUAUGUAAUAAUGUGGCCAGAAAUUGUACUAAAAUCCCCGUCAAAAUUCUGUAGUGCCCUCCCACUCUCCCUGACUGAGGUUGCCAGAUAUGCAGCUGAAUCCAGCUCGAUCGACUGGGCUACUCCAAGGAACUUCAAACUUCCACUGCCUCUUACCAGAGGUUAAGGUGCUGGGAGCAUAAUAGCUGAAUAGACAAGCGUUUUGUCAAUAACAAAUCACUAACCAACACAUUUUACACAGAAAUUAAGCGAUUUUCAGGAAGAAGCACGUCAUGCCUGCGUACAAUAUCACAACAAAUGGCAAUCAUAUGGUUAUUGUCAGUGCCAUCAGAAAACAAAGACUAAAACAAACUACAACCAACGCUAGCAAUGGUUAUACUGGUGAAAGUAAGUAGAGCAUGCGUAGCAGCCUAAAGGAGACAUUUUACCAAGGUAUGCCUAUAGGCUGCACGAAUGAGGAAAUAUUUUAUCAUGUGAUUUGGCUGUCUCCAUACCUUUCACAUUGCCAUGAUGACAGCCGUGCUAAUGUUGGAACCCAUUUCCUCAGUGUGUCAGCAUAUUGAGAACGAAAUAGGCACUGGCACUACCCAUAUCCACGUAGGUUUUAUUUGUCGAAAAAAUAUUUUGCCCGUCAGUUCGAAUACACACCAACAUACAGGCUAACGGGCAUAUACUGUAUGUCAUUGACCGGGCUAGCAUGCUAAGCAAUACACUAGGAGCUAAGCACGUUCACACUAAGCAUUCGUUGGACGAACAUACUAGCUUUGUUCGACAAAAUCGCAGACUGUAUCGCUCAAUAAAGUUUACAUACGAAAUGUCCAUUUCCAUUCAUUACAAGUAAUAAGAAAACGUAAAUGCCUGACUUGCCUAUCAAGGAGGAUAUUAGCAAGUUUGGCGUGAGAUGAUAAAAUCUUCUCCGCCUUUAAUCGUCUUCUUAUUUCAAAGACUUCCCCGAUACAAAUCUUCGUUUUGUCAUGAAUAAGUUGAGAAUCAUAACAACGCCUUUUAAAUUUACUAAGGUCUGACAUGUUUAGUAACUUUACCAGUGGCAGUAGCCAGACGAAGAUGGUGGUGCGUAACUGGCAACCUGGAUGUGACACACUCACGGACUUUCUAAUUGGUCAAACGGUGGAGGGCGGGACAUCAAAAUGCAAACAAUAACAAGAUUUCGGGGCUGUAAAUCUAAUUUUGAGAAGAGCAUAUCCCGAAAAAUCUUAUUCUUUCCCCAGGCUUUGCGCAUGACCUCUUUUUUCAUUAUGUAGCGGCGGGAUUUGACUUAUUGACCGCGGCUUGUCUUCUCUGUCUCCGGCGGGUCUUGGCGCCAGCGCGCGGUGCGCCCUUUCAAUGUCGAGUUGCGUAGUUGCGGGGAUCUCCAACAUGUCCCGCAGUAGUUUUUCCACAAACUCUGGCAUGGACGGUCCCUCGGCUCCUUCGGGAACAUUGUAUAUCCUCAAGUUCUCGCAUCGGGAUCUCCCUUCAUAGUCGAGUAGUUUGUUUUCUUGCUGAUGAAUGACUUUUAUCAUGUUGUUCAACAUAUACUGCACGUUUUGAAUCCGGUCCUCCACCUUCUCAAUUCGCUUCUCUGUGUCUGUUAUUUGUUGUUUAAUGUUGGUGAGCUCGGAUUUAAUAUGGUUCAGCUGUUCUUUUAUGUCUUUUCGAAAGUCCUGAAUCUUCUCCAGAACUUGGACUGAACCUUCGGCGUCCGUCUCCUUUGAGCGAGGGUUAGCAUUAGCACCGCCAUCUUGUAGCUUUACAGGUGAGCUGUUCGCGGACACAGAGCUUUCCUCAUUUACAGGCUCUGCAACAAUAUUUCCUCGAUUUCCUCUGGUUUUCCCCAUUCUUGCCCCUUUUGUUUGUUCAGAGAUUAUCUGAAAAUUUGGCUUUUUACGGUCUAACGGGGCGAAAUAACUUUUCUCACGAGGGAGAUGUUACUUUAAGCUGCCAUUCAGCUUGAUGACGUCACCGGAACCCACGGUGGAGGGCGGGACAUCGAAAAGCAAACAAUAACAAGAUUUCGGGGCUGUAAAUCUAAUUUUGAAAAGAGCAUAUCCCGACCUACUACUGAUACCAGUUAUAAAGGUUUUCAAAAAGAACAUGAUUUAUUAAUGCAUUUUGACAUAUCAGGGCCAUUUGAUGAUGACUUGACAUGAAAUGAUUACAUAUGAAUCCUUUAAAAAAUCUGCAAUGUGGUGAAGCAGCAAUAUUUGAAGCGCGAUGUGGCGAGGAACGACUGUACUUUAGGAGUAGUCAGUGUACAGUAUUGUAACUGGCGACAUAAGUGAGUAGCAAGAUAAUUGUAGCUUGCAUACACACGGUCAAGCACGGUGGUGAUAGUGUCACGGUUGGGGGGUGCACGAGUGGUGCUUGCACGGAGGAGCUGCGGUUCAUUGGGGAAAAAUUAAUUCUAGUUGUGAGCAUGAUCCUUGCGACUAUUGACACCUUUUCAACUUGGACAUCCCCACUGUGAGCUGUACUCUCUCAUGUUGCCAUCCACAUACUGUUGUACAAGCUGUGCACUGACUACUCUAAUUUAAAGCCACGUUGCAUUGGUAAGAUUCCUGCUGAAAUGUGAGCUGUGCACUCACUUUUUUAUGUUGACUGAAAAAGCUGUGCUGACAUGACCUAAAAGCACUUUCUACAUUUUUAGGUAUGAACGUUAUUGUUAGUAUAUCCUGUAUUUUACGCUGCUACAGAAACGUGGCACACAUGACUGUGAAUAUUAAUGCAUGUUCUGUCUUCAGUUAAAGAUUAUAAUGGAUGCUGACUGGCUCCUCCAAUAUUAGGUGCUGUAUUGUUGUGUUGUGACUUUAUUCAUAAUCGUCGCUUUGUUUUCAAUGUGAUAGUCCCAAGUUGUUAAGUCAAUAUAGCAACCAAAACAGUAGCGUUAUGUAGCCAAAUAAAGUUUGAAAUAAUUUAAUUAUAUUUUCUGCUUAUAAUGUUUUUCCCCCCCCAAUUUCUUGUAGAUCAUAAAGCAACAUACUUAAGUCAUAAUAGUGUUUACUUUUUUAUCCAUGGUCUAUGGCAGCUAUAGUUCUUAGUAAUAUUGCACAUUCUUACAAGAUACUGCACAAGGAAUUGGUUUACCUGUUAAUUUUGUUGAUGAUCUUUUGUGUUUGUAACACUCGGGGGCCUCAAAAAUCUACAGUACGUCACCUAAGGCAGUGUUUCAUAACCACAGGGCCGGCACCUAAUAGAGGGCCACCAAAAAAUAACGGUUUCUCAGCUGUGGUCCGUAUGCAGAGCAGCAGCACUCAGUUGCAAUACACUUUUCCACCAUUUGUGGCAGUAACAAAAACUUCAACCAAACAGAAGAAGUCUGGAGCUGAAAUUAUAGGUUUCUUAAGCGCAGAAAUUAUGACUUAAGUGGUGAGGCUACCAUUGACAGUUUAUUUCUAAAACAUGUUUAAUAUUAACGUAUUUAUUUUAGUACAACGUAAAUGUAUGUCAAUGUUUUUCCCUAAUCAGCCUGACCUAAGCCUAAGGUUUUUGUGUUAAAUAAUAAUUAACUAAUAAUUAAUAAACACAUGGUUUCAAAUCAUUUGACAAGGUUGUAAACUGUAAGUUAGACAUAAUUAUUGAAUAGGAUUAAAAUCAAAAGUAAGACUACAAAUACAUUGUUAAUAUUUGAGUGGGCCCUGGGUUAAAAAUGGUUAAGAACCCCUGACCUUAGGUACAGUUUUUAGUUUAAAGUGAAAGUAAAAACCACUCUGUUAAAAAAAUGAAGUAUUUAACUCUGCCUCUGAAUGUCUCAGAAUCUUUAUAGUGGUAGUUUUUAUGUCUUUGAAUAUCAAACAUUAUCACAUGACAGUUUUUUCAUCCCUUUGUGCCUUGCAAACUGAAAAAUCUUGGAAAAAAUUGCCAUAAGAAAUCCUAGGGUCAACUUCUGCCAUUCGGUGCUUUUAUGUACUUAGUUAAAAUAGUGUAUAGGUGAAAUUAAACAAAGGAUAUGCAUUUAAAAAGACAGAAUCACCGAGUGUAUAACAACCCUCAGCCUUUCAGGUAACCAUCCACAUUUAAGUAAAGGAGCAUACAGUCAAAAUAAAUUGUGUGAUUAUUCUGCAUGAAUGCAAUAAUUAUGUGUGAUUAAUCACACUUGUUUUUUUUUAUGACUGCCCUGAUUUUAAAUUGUACUUAAAACAGAAACAUAAUAAUCCAGCAAGCACUCACUUGUCCAAGAACAAAUGGAUGGAUUUGUACCUUACCUGAAAAGGGGAAAUAUUAACCAACAAGAUGCUUCGUCUUUGGCAGCUAAUCCCCAUUUUGAUAUCCGCAGAUGUAACAAAAGCCAUCAUCCGUUCUUCCUUUAAAAAAGACUUUGUAAAGUAAAAAUAGAAACUUUUCCCCCCAAAGGCUGCGUACUAAAAAAUUCAACGUUUCGGUGGGCAAACUUUGAUACAUUUUGUACAUUAAAGAUGUUAUUACCAAUCCAACGCUAAUGCGAAACUAAAUAUUACUUUUUUCACGGAUGACAAAGCUAAUAUGUGUAACACCAAACAAUAUAUUUGAUAAAUAAUGAUAAUUCAGGAUGCUUUAUUAUUGUCUAUUCUUUAACAUGUACAAGACAUGUUUUCUCAAGCAGGCAUUACAAUGGCUUGCCUGUUCUAUACGUCCAUGCUGGCCCUCAUAUCCAAUCCUUCCUUUACAGCAAGCUUCUCCAUGAUGUGAUCCAUCUUGCCAUUCAGUUCAGAAAUCGUCCAUUGCGACGAACAGCCUUUGGGCUCCUUGGGUGGCUGCCAUCGUCUUACGAAUUUUAUGAUACACCAGAGCAAUGCCAAGCGAUCAUGGUUCCAAAUAGGUAGAUGUCUUCCACGUCCUCGAUGGAAAGGACUGAGAGGCACAUGAUUCUCCAUUUGUCCCAGGAAUCUCUCAAAUACCCCGCAGCAAUGUUUCAUCAGGGCAGCCAGGCUCCCCAGAACCUCUUUUCCUCAUCGAAAAGAUUUUGUCAAUAGAGUCGAGAGUCUAGCUAAUCAAUUCCAUGUCUGAUGUUUAGAUUUAUUAUAUAUAUAAUACAUUUAUUUUUAGAAUAUGCUCAGGGCCAAACAAAAAAAGUAUCUUCAAAAUAUACUAGUAGAUGACUAAAAAUGGCACAGUAACAAAAAGGAACCCAUGUGAAAAUCCAGACAUUUAUUUGUGAAAUGUAUGACAAACAGUGGACAUUUAUAUCAUCUUUUACAAGCUACAUUGUCAGAAGAAAAACACAAAACAGAGAUGCCAAACAUUUUUAAAAAGCCCUCUUAGGUCGACUGGUCUCAUUUCAUUUUUUCAAACUGUCGUGUUUUUUUAUGCGUUUCUCAUCAGCUUCAAAAUGCACAUAUUUACAGUACUCAGACAAUGCUCAAGUGUGGUCAGUAAAGAGAGAGCGAGCUACAUAUUUCUACAGCGAUCCCAUCUAGAUCAACUGUUGACAUUCAGCUUUUCUCAAAAUAAAAAUCUAAAAUAUAAAACAAUUUAGAAAAAAAAACUACUUUAAAAUCUACAAUACACCGAAGUUAUUUUCCUUAUUUUUAUUUAGCUGUCAUUGCAUUCUCCUUUUAAUCAAGCAUUUUUUUUAUUUUUUAAAAAGAGUCAAGCAUAUAAUUGGUAAUAUUUCUAGCUAGUUUACAGUCAGUCAUUAGGUAUAAACCCAAAUAUUAACUAACAUUAUGAACUUCUAGCUUGAUGUUAAUGUACAUAUUGCCAAGAAAUGUGGAUGGAGACACGUAAAAGUUGUGAUGCAAAUAGUAAAAUAAAUAAUACAUUUGUUGACUUGUAAAUAUGAGAGCUGUAAAAGUGACGAUUUAGGAUUUAAAUAAAUGGUUAUCAUACUAAUCUGCAAACAUAUUUGAUAGAGUCAACUCUUAAAGGCUAAUGUGACAUAAAAAUGAUGCCAAAUGUCACACUUGUGUGAGGUAUGUCACCGCAAUGGCGCUUUUUGUUGCCAGAACAAAAGAAAAAGAUCAAACAUUUAUGUAAUGAUGUUCCUCUCAUUUCAAUUUAAUCUAAAAUACUACUGUGGGUCCUAGGGUGGAUCCUUGUUAGCGACAAUCCCUCUCAUAGAAAUAUUUCAAGUGUUUUAAUGAGGUUAUUUGAUAUCGCACGUCUUUAUCAGAUUUACUACUACAGUAAUGUGUAAUUGUGGUCCAAAAAGCACCAUUAAAAAAACAACAUGUCAUGGCCAAUUAGAAAAAGUGGAUAAAUAGAAAUAGUUAAAAGACUAGUACAAAAAACUAAAUAAAAAAUAAUUUACUUUUCAGAAAUGACACUGGUAUAAAAGGUGUACUAGAUAAACUAUUCUAUUCCUGUAAACCUUUUGUUGUCUUCCCUUCACUGUAGUACAUGUACAGUACUUUACAGUAGCUUCUAUUGUGCAUAAAAAAAACAAUCUUGGUCAUCAAAAUAAAAGGCCUGCUGUGUUUGUUUUGUCUACAUGAGUCCAGUUUUGGUGUGAAACAAUCUGGCAGGCACUUUAUAAAAAAUGGAAUGACGCCACUUAUAUUUACAGCAUGUUUGUACAAAGCAAAAUAAAAAACAGAAGCUCACUCCGGAAAUGCAUUCUUAUA